AUGAGUGGGAUCCUGAAGAGGAAGCUUGAGGAGGGCCCGUCCCCUUACCUGUCCAUGCAGGGAUCUGAUGAUGAUGUUUCCUGCAGCGACAGCGGCAACAGCAGUGAUAGUCUCAACCAUCCCGUACCCGCUGGACUGCUUGACUCCACUCUCCAGCAGCAGUCAAAGCGACUGCGGGGUCGAAACGUGCACUUUGAGAGCGUGACAGUCUACUACUUCAGCCGUCGGCAGGGCUUCACCAGUGUGCCCACGCAGGGUGGCAGCACCCUUGGGAUGUCACCACGUCACAGCGGGGUGAAGCGCUUCACUCUCAGGGAGUUUGCCAUGGAGCAGAAACGAAGCCACCGGAACAUGCUGAGAGACCAUCUCAAAGAGGAGAAACUCAAUGCCAUCAAACUCAAACUGACUAAGAAUGGCACUGUGUCAUCCGUGGAGGCGGACACCCUGACGCUCGAUGAUAUCUCCGAAGAUGACCUGGAUGUGGACAACACGGAGGUGGACGAUUACUUCUUCCUCCAGCCUCUGACUACCAGGCGGCGCCGGGCCCUUCUCCGCGCCUCUGGCGUCCGACGCAUUGACGUGGAGGAGAAGCACGAGCUGCGUGCCCUGCGCAUGUCCCGUGAGGAGUGCGGGUGUCGCUGCAGGGGUAUAUGUGACCCAGAGACCUGUGCUUGCAGCCUGGCCGGCAUUAAGUGCCAGGUAAAUGGAACUGUGGUGGACCGCAUGUCCUUCCCCUGUGGCUGCGCUAAAGAGGGCUGCAGCAAUACCACAGGACGCCUGGAGUUCAACCCGGUCCGGGUACGCACCCACUUCCUGCACACUAUCAUGAAGCUGGAGCUGGAGAGGAGCCGCGAGGAGCAGCAGCAGCAGCAUCAUCAUCAUCAGCAGCAGCAGCAGCAGCCGGAGCAGCAGCUUGUAACCAAUGGCAACGGUUACCAUGGCGACUCCUCCUUGGUCCAGCAGCAGCAGCAGCAGCAGCAGCCGAACCUGCAGUUUCCACUGAUGAGUGGCACACCGCACAUUCCCAUCAUGCACCUCCAGAGCACAGGCAACUCGGAUUCACAUCUAAAUGAAAUGGAGGAAGAGGAAGAAGAGGAAGAGGAGGAGGAGGAGGAGGAAGAAGAAGAAGAAGAAGAAGAAGAAGAAGAAGAAGAAGAAGAUGAAGAGGAUGAGGAUGAUGAAGCUUAUGAAGAAGAUGAGGAUGGCAGCAGCGUUUGCAGCGGGCUGUCAGACUGCAGCACACAUAGCUUAGAAACAAUCGAUCCGGAGGAAGAAGAAGAGGACGAGGAAGAUGAAGAAGACGAUGAUGAUGAGGAAGAAGAAGAGGAAGAGGAGGAAGAUUGGGAUUGCUCGUUGCACGGAACGAGUCCUCCGCCCUACUCGGUUCCACUUCCUUCUGUGCUGAGUUACUCUAAUAACACACUCAUGAGCCUCAGUAACCCCUUCCACAACACUCCCUCCAUGCAGCAUUAUCAAAUAGACCGCUCUGUAAAUGACACUCCUGCUUUUCUCAGUGAAAAUGGCACCGUCGCCCCCACGCUCCCCACAGUAGAGACCGCAAUAGAGUCUGAAAUAAACACAAAACUCCACUGCCAAACAGAGCAGCAGAGCAUUCCCAGCCAUUUCCCUCACCCCGCAGAGUCCCUGACUCUCCAAACUUACUCACAUGUAGACACCCGUGAGAGUAACAGUGCCCCUGCUGGUGCAGCUGAUGAACAGCCGCCCUCGACGGAACUCCAGAACAAUCCAGACCAUCAUGACUCACAGACUGAGGCUUCGGCUGGGUCUGUGAGUGAGCAGACAGGGGAGACAAAAAGGGAGCUGAUACAGGAGCAACCAGGACUGCAUAUGCAGCGAGACACCGAUCAAAUAACAAGCACGUCAUGCUCAGAGAGUACCUGAUGAAUCAAAUGCUUUAGAGAGGGAUCAAUUAAUAUUUGGAAAUCUUUAUUCAAGAAUUGUGACCUUCAACUAUUAGAGUUUGAUUUAUUCUUGAUAAGUGCACUUCCAAAGAAAGAAGAAGUCCCAUAGAUUUUGACAGAAGGCUCAAAGAGCUGAUAUAAUUUUAGCAUAAUUUGUCUCUAAACCUUUCCAAGAUUGUUGGUUUAGAUUAAAAGACUCAAAUGAUACAGCUCAAUAAAACAGUGUUUCUGUACGUUACUUGUAUAAUUUAUGCCCUGUUAGAAAGUCUUUGA